CGGGGAUCGUUCAAUCCUUAUUCAUAUGAUUUCAUUAUGUAAGCAAGUAGAAGUGACACUGAUUUUGGGUUUUUCUGCAGCAAUAUGGUUCCGGUUCCAUUCAUCGUACUUUACCUCAAAAAGUUUGCAUCUUUCGUGGCGGGUAAGAGCCAAACAGCUUCUAAAUUACUUGAUAUCCUAUUCAAAAGAGCUAAAGAGAAAGCUGGGCCAGUGGAAGAGUUCCAAUGGUUAGGACUAAUGCUCUUUGUAGCUGUUCCAUUCCCUGGAACCGGUGCUUGGACAGGAGCUAUAAUAGCAUCGAUCCUCGACAUGCCGUUUUGGUCUGCUGUUUCGUCUAAUUUCUGCGGCGUAGUGUUGGCUGGACUGUUGGUAAAUUUGCUGGUGAACCUUGGUUUGAAACAAGCCAUUGUUGCUGGUAUUGCUCUCUUCUUUGUAUCUACAUUUAUGUGGAGCGUUCUCAGAAACAUUAGGAAGUCUAUUAUAAAACCAUCGUUGCCUUGAAUUGGUUAUUAGAUAUUUAGAUGUAGAAGAAAGAGUUCUUCACAUUAUUUGUUCUUUUUCUUCUUCUCUGUUAAUAAUGUUUUUAAGGGAUAUGUGUUGGUCUUCCUUUCCCCAAUUCACUCUUUUCAUAAACCCCAUUUUUUGUGGUAUACAAAUAAUGUAAUUUAUCAUAC